AUCCAGCCAGCAGGUGGAGGGGCUCAGCCAGCGGCUUACAUUUCCAGCCUGGAGAAGGUCCCACCUGCUCGCUCCCAUGACCAACAUGAGCUGGAGCUUCCUGACGCGGCUGCUGGAGGAGAUCCACAACCAUUCCACCUUCGUGGGCAAAGUGUGGCUCACCGUGCUGGUGGUCUUCCGCAUUGUGCUGACGGCUGUGGGUGGCGAGUCCAUCUACUCAGACGAGCAAUCCAAGUUCACCUGCAACACGCGGCAGCCGGGCUGCGACAACGUUUGCUACGAUGCUUUCGCGCCCCUGUCGCACGUGCGCUUCUGGGUCUUCCAGAUCGUGGUUAUCUCCACGCCUUCCGUCAUGUACCUGGGUUACGCUGUCCACCGCCUGGCGCGCGCCUCGGAACAGGAGCGCAGACGUGCCCUCCGCCGUCGCCCCGGCCCCCGGCGCGUGCCCCGGACGCAGCUGCCACCGCCUCCUCCGGGUUGGCCGGACACCACCGAUCUGGGAGAGGCGGAGCCCAUGCUGGCGCUGGAGGAGGAGGACGACGAGGAGCCAGGGGCGCCCGAGGGCCCUGGGGAAGACACGGAGGAGGAGCGCGCGGAGGAUGUGGCUGCCAAGGGGGGUGGAGGUGACGGCAAGACGGUGGUCGCUCCUGGCCCGGCCGGGCAGCACGACGGGAGGCGGCGCAUCCAGAGGGAGGGCCUGAUGCGCGUUUACGUGGCCCAGCUGGUGGUCAGGGCGGCCUUCGAGGUGGCCUUUCUGGUGGGCCAGUACCUGCUGUACGGGUUCGAGGUGCCGCCCUUCUUCGCCUGCAGCCGCCAGCCUUGCCCACACGUGGUGGACUGUUUCGUGUCGCGCCCGACCGAGAAGACGGUCUUCCUCCUGGUCAUGUACGUGGUUAGCUGCCUGUGCCUGCUGCUCAACCUCUGCGAGAUGGCGCACCUGGGUCUGGGCAGUGCGCAGGACGCCGUGCGCGGCCGUCGGGGGGCCUCGGCGGCGCUCGCUCCCGGCCCCGCCCCGCGCCCGCCGCCCUGCGCUUUCCCGGCGGCCGCCGGCGGCCUGGCCUGCCCUCCCGACUACAGCCUGGUGGUGCGUGCGGCCGAGCGCGCGCGAGCGCACGAUCAGAACUUGGCUAACCUGGCCCUGCAGGCUCUGCGCGAUGGGGCGGCGGUGGCGGCGGUGGCCGCGGACCGGGACAGUCCGCCGGGCUCAGCGCUCAAUGCAGCGUCUCGGGGGCCACCUAGGGCGGCCGGCCCAGCUUCCGGAACCGGCAGCGCCACGUCGGGGGGUACCGUUGGGGAGCAGGGCCGGCCGGGGGCUCAGGAACAGCUGGUCUCUAAGCCCAGGGCUGGCUCUGAGAAGGGCAGUACGGGCAGCAGGGACGGCAAGGCCACGGUGUGGAUCUGAGGGCCCUGGGGAGCGCUCAGGGAGGGCCUGGCAUAAGGAUUCAAUGGGAAUCUUUCUGCCCUCAACCCAUGGCCUCUGGCAGACUCCCUCGGGGGCCUUUAGGAGAAGAGGGAGCUGAAGACCUUUAGGAAGCGCUGGCUCCGGUUGCCUCCCUGCAGGAUGGGUAGGGAGUGACCAGGGUCUUGUACCUGUGCCCUGGGGGCGGGAUGGGGGAUAGGUAGAUCCGUGUUCCAGGAACUGACUGCCCCUCCAGGCUAUGCUAAGCUGGGAUGACCCCUCUGCUGUGCCUACCAGCCCUUCCUUCUGGGCUCUCCCGCAGCACCCCCAUAGGAUGGGGGUGUCUGGCAUAUGCCUUUUGGGGACUAUGCUUACGGCGGCCCCUCGGACCUUACUGAGCCAAGAACUCCCAGGUCAGGGGCAAGAGGACAAACCCUUGGCUCCCUGCUUGAGACCCUGAAGGAGGCCCCGGGCUAAGAACAGCCUACUCUCUGAGCUGCCAUCGCCCGACAUGGCUCCUUCCCAGGGGACAGACAUCCUGGCAGUUCUGUCGUGCCUUGCUGCCUAGAUCCAUAAGGCUGUGGUCCAGGGCUGUGACUUUUGCCAUGUUGAAAAAUUAGAGCUCUGGGAGCCUGUCCCCAUCUUCUGUCCCCUUCUCCCUGUUUUAAAGCCAACUUCCAGAACAAAUGAAGUAAAAUAAAACUAACUCUUUG